AAGUUUCUUCAAAGAUUAACUGACCUUAUUUAAUCUUUUAUACAGGUGUCUGGAGGGCUGAGGCUGGGACCUUAAGAAUCCUGUGCUGGUCCGUACAUUUCCUCAGGACUUGAACAGCGAGAGCGCUCCCUCUGCCCCGUUUCACUGCUCAUUUCUCUGCCUGCCUUAACUUCUCAUCCAGCCAGGAGCCUUCGUGCAUCAGGCUCUGCAGGUGAAGAACACUAAAGUCCAUUAAUCAUCAGUUUAGUUGCAGAGACCGACAAUCCCAAAUGGAUUUUAAACACAAGGAAAAGCAGCCAGCAUGAAGCCAGGAAAACAAGCAGCCUGAAAUCAGUACUUAUAAGGGGCUGUCUAUCUUUCUACACCUCCAUCCCCACCAAAAAUGUAAGCCUGAUGCAAAGAAAUAUACAUGUGAGGGUUGAAGUUUGCUAGGCUCAAUGUCUGCGUGAGAGAAAUUCAUUGAGGGGAAAAUCCAUCUGAAGUUUUGCAAAUUAUACAACGGUGCAUCAUAAAAACGCAAAGCAACUCCCGAGUCCUAGGAAGACAGCUUCCUAGCAGACAGUCAUUUUUGCCUGCUACCUCCUUCCCCAUUCCUUUUUGCAUGCUCCAGCUAUGCCCGGGUACAUUAAAUCUCUCCCUGUCAGGGCCAUCUGCAGAAACAUGCUUGCCAGCCUGAUUUAUUCCAGGUUACAGUCAAACAAAACCAAAUACUCUACACUUCCUUUUCCUUAACCCAGUGGCACUGCUCUAAGCCAUCUUCUUCUCUGCCCUUGAAUUAAUGCAGACAGGAGCAGUGAGUGAGUUUCCACAAGCUAGUUGUAGAAAUCUAUUCCCUGCAGAGAACACUGGGGGCAGUCCUUUCGGGAACCUAACGCAACACCAGUCCCUUUUUCAUUCCCCCAGACAUAGAUUUUCCUGUUUCACCAGUCCAUCUCACAACAAUGCAUCUCCAAGCCAUGCUGUGAUUAAAGGGGAGAAUAUGCUUAUUACCCAAGUUCUUCACAUGUUGGAGCAAGAGAGAUCCAGGGUGGUAAACCAAAGGAAAUUUCCAUUUGCUCUUAGCCGCUGCACAUUCUCACUCUAUAGGAAAGUUAGCUAUUAUUAAGUAAUAGUGUUCAGCUGAAGUUGGUCACUUGUAACAACAGACAGAUGUAUAAUGUUUUAUUUGGGUUAGGCAACUCUCUCGCAAAUAAAGGACCUGAAAUUAAACUGUCUUUACAAAAAUGUUCAGCAAAUGAUACCUCUGACUUAUUCCAGUACUCAGAUUCUUUGCCAUGGAAAAUGGAAAAUGAGUCUCCCAUUGAACCCAGUAUCUGUUUAAACUUGUCUUUGCUGAGUGGAAGAAGGUUGGUGUUCUAUGGAACCAAAAAAAAAAAAAAAAUUAAGAAAGAAUAUGCAUGGAGGAGUCAAGGGUAUAACUAUGUAAACCACAUUUAGGGAUGGAAAAUGAUUUUUUUUCAGUACUUAUGGAAUUUGAAACAAUAAUAAUGGAAUGGAAAGAUAGAAAAAAGGCUAAAUAUUUGACCACAGAGGCAAAUUGGAUCAUUAGAUGCUUACAUGAGAUGCAAAUGUGGGGGCAUUUCUCUAAAGGAAUACUUGAUGCUUUUCCAAUGUAUAAUAGCUCUCCAGUCCACUGAGCCACUUUGCAAACUCUAGCCACAUAAUCAUUUGGGAAAUUGAGGUCUUUUUAAGACACCAUUUCUUGGGAGGCUCUCCCUCCUUCCCCACCAAAAUUCUGGUUCUGUAGCUCAAGCAGAGAGCCAGAGAUGGUGCAUUCCUCAGGAGCUCUCCCAAGCCAAGCUGAUGCUGAGGUUGAGUGGAGGGAGGGAGCUAUGCUCAUCAGUCUCCCCUGUCUUCAGUAUCCAGUAAGAUGGAUGGCUCAUUUCAAGAUACUUCGUAACAGUAACAAUGAAGAUAGAGAUCUGCCCAUAGCAAGGACCAAAACUCACAAAAGCUGGUUUCCAGACUUAACCCUGGAGUGAAUUGGUAACCUUGCACAAAUUGCUCAAGGCUUUGGAGCCUCUUUCUCUCCAUAUGUAGAGUGUAGGUUAGACAAGAUCGGUCCUCCCCAGAGUUUCCAAAUGGCAUAUCAGGGGCAGAUAUCCCUGUGUGCUUAUGCAGAUUUCUCAGCAUAGGACCUCUCACAAUCUGUAGCAUCCAAAUGCCUAGUGUAGAUCUACAAGGGGUGGCAUGUUUGGGGGUACAGUAGGCAAGCAUUCUGAGAUUGUUUGAUCAUUUAUCCCUUUAAUUGGGCUUCAUCUGUAUUAUACACCUGGGAGAAGACCCUAGCAUGUCUGGGUCCUCCAAUGUUCUAGGCCAGUGCGACAUUGAAACCAUUCCAAUGAGACACCCAACACCCAAGAAAGACACCCACAGCAAUUUGCAACUGAUUACUUCCUUUCCCAUCAGAAGCUCUCUAGUAUUUUUUUUUACAAGACGGUGCUCCUGAACUCCAAUGCGGUAGGAACGCAUCCUGGAUACCUAAAAAUCCCACUCGCAUCUCCCAUACUUGACAAUGCCAUCCCACAACCUUUCUUCUCCUUCCAGGCCAUAGACUCAUUCCUAUGCAUUUGCUCAUUUCCUCCAUAUUCUCUACAACCCAGUGAGUAGGGAGUGGUUCUCAAGGUGUGGUCCCAGAACAUAUUCGCCCUCUUCCCCAGCCCUCCAGAUGGUUCUGAUGUUCCCUGAAGCUGGAGAACAAGUGUUUGAGACAUCAGGAGGAGCUACAGACACAAACAGACCCAUCACAGCAUCCUUAUCUGGAAUAACGAGUGAUAAUAGAGUCUAUUUCAGAACCUGGGUGAACAUUAAAUUAAUAUGUAACACCUUGUGUAAGGCCUGGCAUAGGAUAAACAAUGAAUCAAUUAUGGCUCGCUAUUCUACAAUGAAUGCAAACAUCUCAGGAGCAGGGUCUUAUACGCCUCAUCAUGCUGCAUCGCUAGGAGAGGUGGCCUCUGUGGGAGACGGUGAUGCUGGUUCAGUAGGAGUGCAGCUCUGGAGGCAUACAGAGCUGGUUUCCUAACAGUCUUUCACAUACUAGCUUUAUGAGCAUGUGUAAAUUAUUUAAUCACUUUAUGCCUGGUUUCCUCCUUUAGAAAAUAGAAAAAUUUCUUUCUUCACACGGUAAAGAGAAAGAUUAAAUAAAAUAAUACCUGUCAUUGCUUUAAAAGGUACUAAAUCCCUUUGGAUCCUCCCCCGGCGAGAGCUAGCAUGCUAGAAAGAUAAUGCCGCUAGACUAUAGAUCAUGAAGCCCUCAGACCUGUGAACUGGGGGCCCCUAAAUCCUCAAAACAUCAGAUUGGUUAGUAGGAUGCAUUUUUAAUGCUCUCUGAAAAGUUAUCUUGAUAAAGUUAAAUGUUGACUUUAAUGAGAGUUGGUCACCUCUUGUAGGUUGUUGUCCAGCAUCAGGCAAUUCUUUCUUCUUGCUGAAAUCUUGUUAGAUUUGGAUUCUUCCUAUAUUGAGUGUCAACAUGGAUCAAUAUUUGGAGUUUACUUUAAGACUAUUUCAGGAGUUUAUGCCUGUCCUUUAAUUCAUCUGUUAGAUGAAGAACAUAAUCUAAGAUACAAAAGCGUGGAGUAAGGACACUUUCAUGGCCAGGGCUUCACUAGGUUUUGCCUCGGGGGACAGGCAACUAACUCCCAGAGCUUUGUGACCUACAGUGACAAGAGCAUUCUCACCUGCGCUGUAAGCUCUGUGGUUCAGUGGGAGCUCAGCUCCAAGUGUCCCCUACUCCCACUUGGCCACACAGUGAACAGUCCCGACUGACAUCUACCUGAGAGCAAUGGCCAACCCAGAAGACUCCAACGCCUCUGAUCAGGUGUGGCUUGAGUCAUGGCCACUCACACUUCAUUGGUCAGAGCGAGUCACAUGGCCACUGCUGAACCAGGAAGAGGAAACAGUUCCUCACAGAGACAGUCCCAGGGAAGGAUCCUGUAUCGGGACUCCAGUAGAGAGGUACACUGAACAGCCAGAGCUCAUACAGCCAACCACAACAAGCCAGAACUCUGCCUAAUAGGCUCAGAGCUCACAUCUUCAAAACAUGUGUCACUGAGAUGGAGGAAGGCAGCGUGCAAAUGUACCAAUGCCUCACCUUGCACUUCCUUUCAGUCCCUGUGUGUCUCAUGGAGGAGAAUUUACAGUUCCUCAAGCCUCCAAGAAGCUGCCAUUCUUCCCCACCAUCCUUUGUCCUGAGUGCCUGAGGGAAAAUAGAAAGUCUGUGGAAGGCACGUACCGAGUCCCAUGGUAGCCAGGUGGGUGAAGGGGAGCAAGGACCUGCCACCUGUCCUGAAGAAGUCUCCUGACCCGCCGAGGGAGUGAGUGACCAGGUGAUCUCAAGAAUCAAGUGAUGGACACCAUGCACGUGAGCGUGACCCGGCCUCCCCUGGUACAACACACAGCUGGGCCUGGCCUCAAGGCCCACAGACCCCGGGUCAUGUCCAAGAGUGGACACAGCAACGUGAGAAUCGACAAGGUGGAUGGGAUCUACUUACUGUACCUGCAAGACCUGUGGACCACAGUCAUCGACAUGCAGUGGAGAUACAAGCUCACCCUCUUCGCCGCCACUUUCGUGAUGACCUGGUUCCUUUUUGGAGUGAUCUACUACGCCAUUGCUUUUAUUCAUGGGGAUCUAGAGCCCAGCGAGACCAUUUCCAAUCACACUCCCUGCAUCAUGAAAGUGGACUCUCUCACAGGAGCCUUUCUCUUUUCCCUGGAAUCCCAGACAACCAUUGGCUAUGGCGUGCGUUCCAUCACAGAGGAAUGCCCUCACGCCAUCUUCCUGUUGGUGGCCCAGCUGGUCAUCACAACCUUAAUUGAAAUCUUCAUCACUGGUACCUUCCUGGCCAAAAUUGCAAGACCCAAAAAGCGGGCUGAGACCAUCAAGUUCAGUCACUGUGCGGUCAUCACCAAGCAGAACGGGAAGCUGUGCCUGGUGAUCCAGGUGGCCAACAUGAGAAAGAGCCUCCUGAUUCAGUGCCAGCUCUCAGGCAAGCUCCUCCAGACCCAUGUGACCAAGGAGGGGGAGCGCAUCCUCCUUAACCAGGCCACUGUCAAAUUCCAUGUGGACUCCUCCUCCGAGAGCCCCUUCCUCAUUCUGCCCAUGACGUUCUACCACGUGCUGGAUGAGACAAGCCCUCUGCGGGACCUCACCCCCCAGAACCUAAAGGAGAAGGACUUUGAGCUUGUGGUGCUCCUCAAUGCCACUGUGGAAUCCACCAGCGCUGUCUGCCAGAGCCGCACCUCUUACAUCCCAGAAGAAAUCUACUGGGGUUUUGAGUUUGUGCCCGUGGUUUCUCUCUCCAAAAAUGGAAAGUAUGUGGCUGACUUCAGCCAGUUUGAGCAGAUCCGGAAGAGCCCGGAUGGUACCUUUUACUGUGCAGAUUCUGAGAAGCAGAAACUUGAGGAGAAGUAUAGGCAGGAGGAUCAGAGGGAGCGUGAGCUGAGGACCCUUUUGUUACAGCAGAGCAACGUGUGACGCUGGGGUGCCACCUGGCCUCACCUCAGGGCUGUUCCCCCCGGGGGCUCCCUGCAGACCCAGGGGCAGCUGUGCAAAAGAAAACGAGCGGACACACUCAGGCUCUACAGAACUUCAUGGGUGUGCACCAUGGAUCCCCCGCUGGGAUCCGGUGGCUGAACAAGCACUUCCGGAUUUCAGGAGGUUUCUGAGGAAUGCUUCCUCCCAAGUGAACUCUCAAACUUCAUGUUUUCUAAAAUGGAGCAGCGUACUGAAGAAUGGGAUGGAGGGCAAGGGAAAAUAUGUCCUGUAGGAUGGACAGACAUUCAGCAAGGCUUUAUUGAAAGAAAAUGCCUUUCCAUGCAAGAAUAUCAGUUAUUAUGUAAUAAUAUUUAUUUAGUCAAAGCAUCAAAGGCAUCACAGUCAAAGGUUGAACUGUGGUUGAGUAUUCAGUUGUACUGUUGCUUUAAAACUCUUUUUUGUCCAAGCAGGGACUUCUACUCACAUAUAGUCAUUCUAUUUUUACCUUUCCUUAAUGCACGGAAUUGUAUGGAAUGACACUGAUCAAAUCAGGAAUUAACAGUUAUGAGAGAAUGUUCAUAACCUGAUGCUACUAUUCCCAUUAAUUUCUGUUGUUGCCAUUCCCCUUUUCUAUGAAAAAUGGGGUUUACAGAUCGGUUACCCAGCACCAUGUCAGAGUUUAUGUGUAACAUAGGUGAUCAGGUCCCAGGAAGAUAUGUAGAACCAGUGCUUCUAUCUUAGCAAGACCCCAGUGAUUUGUGGAUAAAUAAAAGUUUGAGACAUUCUGCUCCGGACACUGUUCUUAAAGUCAUUUUCUGACGCACAGGGAAACUGGCUCUGAGGGCGCCCUGUCCACGUGGCCUCUGGGGUUGCCCUGUGUUAGGUUCAUUACUGUCAUUUAAUAUUUCUCUCAGCCAUUUUAUCUCUUACCUUAAUACCUCACCCACAAAGGAACUGUACUGAGUUGUCCACUGACAUUCCAAAAGCAAACCAGAGCUCUUGAGAGUAAUGGCUUUCUCCAGCAUGCUAAGUACAUGCUCCAUGAUUAGUUACCACCCCAGAAAGUUAAACUGCUAAUGACGCAGGAAAUCUGCCCGGGUGCUGCACUUCAUAAGGUUGGGUGGUGCCAGUGGGAAAGAGAAGGAACUGAGGGUAAGGAGUUCAUACCCAAGAUGACCCCUUGAUGUAGGAACAAAAUGUGAUAAUCUCAUAACCUGUACCUAGCACUCUUGGCAUUUAAAUAAUAUCUCACAUGGCUCAGUGUCAGAGCUAACAUUUUGUCUCUUGCAAAAUUUAUUCUAGUGAGCUACAUUUCUUGGGGAAGAGAAUACAUGGGCUGGGAUUAGCUCAGCGUGCAAAGAUGAAUGCUUACUUUAUUCAAACCAAGACAGAUUGGUGUAUUCACUUAAGCAGAACAUGACCGUGAUUGUACAGGCGGUGUGCACAGGUACAUAUGCGAGCCUCCCCCAUUUACAUACAGAUGUGCACUUCACACCGGGAUUCUCAAGCAUAAUCACAGAAGUCAUCCAUGAAAGGCAUUUGCGAUAAACAGAAGCCCACAAUGAUGCUCAUGUCCAUUUGGUCCUACCCAAAUAUGAACUGGUACUCAGAGGAAUGGAAAAUAACUGGUUUCAGACUGUGGGUAAAGUGAUGGUCUGGGAUUACAGCACAUAUGAUACAGCCAUAUUUGAUGUUACCAUAUUUGCAAAUGUGUUUCCUUUAAACAGAAAAUGUAGAAAUAAAAUGGAUGGCCUGGAACUGAACUGUUCUAAUGUACAUAUAAGAAUAAUGGAGGUAAAGUUUAUAAGGAUUUAAAAAACAAUCUCAGACUAUGCAUGUGAAGGAGGAUUUUUGUCUUUAUUAAGUUUUAAAUUUUAUGGCAGAUUCCUUUAGAUCUCCAUUCUUUAAAAAAAUUACACAUGGGCCGGGGAUUUAGUUCAAUGGUUCCGCCGCCUGCCUCACAAGUGCAAGGUCCUGAGUUCGAUCCCCAGUACCGAAAAAAAAAAAUUACACAUUAGUAUAGUUAGAUGUUAGCCCUUUUAGUUAUUAUACUUGCUUAUUCUUAUUCUACAUUGUGGUAAAAUUGACAGGAAAAUAAUGCCACAAGCAUGUUUACAGCUCUUCUGUUACACUAUUAAUUUUUUUCAGAAUAUUUGCAUCAAUACUAAUUUGAACGUAAUUAAGAUUAGGAAUCUUGCUCACCUACAGUGUAUAUGGUACAAAGAUUUAGUGUAAGAUUCAGAGAUCUUUUAAUGUGUUCAUCUUGCAUAUCAUUUUUAGCCAGAUUUGGAAGACUUGACCAUCCGAUCUUUUAUACUAUGCAGUGUCUUGAAAACCAAUAAUUGUAUAAGUCAAUAAAUCAUAAUUAUAACAUAAUAUUCAAGAAGUAGUUCUAAAGUUGUGUCUGGUUUGAAACUUACCAUUUUCCAGAUACAUUGAACUGUUAUUACUUUGUGCAAAAUGCUCUUGUGUUACUAUGAUAGCAAAGGAUUUAGGUAGCAGCAAACUUAUUUGGUUAUAUCUGAACAGUCUUUUCAUCUGAACUUAUUAAAAGACAGUCAUGCUAAAUAUCCAACUAAGGAGUUACAAAACUAAUGGAGGCUUUUUGACCCAAAAAGGCUUUAGUAUUUUGAAACAUUUCCAAUAUAUUUGGUCUUCUCAGUGAGACUGUACAAAAAUGUGCUCCACUGGGAAAACAGAAACUUUAGCGGAACUAGUCAGUGCGAUCUAUGGUCCAUGUCCCAUUCAGUAAAAUAGAACUAACAUGGCACCUUGUAGCCAAUAACCCCAUAUAGCACAACAAGGAUACACUCAUUGAUCUUCACAAUGAACUACUUGUGGGUUGGGUGUGGAAGGCACACUGUACUGGUCAGCUUUCCCAUUGCUAGGACACAAUACCUGACACUCACAACUUAAAGGAGAAGAGGUUUAGUUUGGCUCAUGGCUUCAGAGGUUUAGUCCAUGGUCAGUUGGCCCUGAGUCAGGAACAUCAAGGCAGAAGGUAUGAUAGAGCAAAGUUGCUCAGGGACCAGAUCCAGUACCCAAAGUCAUGCAGCCAUAUCCCACUCAGACACCCUCAGAGUGGUCUUUACUCAACUCCUAGGGAGCUGUCAACUCAAUCAAAUUGACAGCCCAGCUUAAUGGUCACACACACACACUGGUUCCCUUUUCACUGAUGGAGAAAUUAUAAUACAGUAUAGGUUGUCCAGAAAUCUGCAAUAACCAGUUAAUGGUGAAAAAUACCAUUAAUCAGUGAACCAAAUAUUUAGAUAUAUUUAAACAACCAUUUUGUUUGAUUUUUAUUUGAACUAAAAUUUUAAUUUCAAUAUUACUGAGAUAUUAAUUGAGACAUAUUUUAAAAGUGGCCUUUCUACUCCAGCAUGAUAAAAGUGGUACUUCUGCUCUAGGAUGGAACCUCCUUGCUUAGAUCUUCCAUAAGUAUGUAACACCUAGAGGGGGGAGGGGGGGGACCAAAGAAGAGCAAAUCAAAAGAAAAGAAAAAAUGAAAAGAAAAGAGAAAGCAAAGGCCUUCACACUGGUCUCUCAGUAAAGAUCACCUGGGUCUUGGAUCUGUACAUCGUUGUGGUCAAAGCAUCAGAAAUUUGACCACAUGGUGGGAAAAACACACUGUCAAUCAUGCCCUUCAUUCUCGCUCGACUUCUCUUUGUUACAACUUUUAAAAAUGAGUUUCCAAUGGAAAUUGUUUUCUCAUAACUUUCCAUCCUGUGAUUUUUUAAUAAAUGAAAGGUAUUGCUA